AUGAUUGAAAGUCCUUGUUAAACAUUAUAGAGAUUGAAUAAUCUCUUCACUUAUUUGGAAAAUAACACUUAUUAAUGCAAUCAUAUAGCAUUAUCUAAACUAAACUUCUAAAGAUUUAAAAAGUUUCCUAUUCCUUAGCCAUUUAUUGAUCAUGAAGUCGAAUACUUGUCAGCUGUUAAAUAAUAACCUAAAUAAAACUAAUAAAACAAACCAGAUCUUAUACUUCCAGAUACAACAAAAAAUGUAGAAUCAUUAAAGGAGUUUACUUUAUAUGUUUAAAAUAUCAAGCAAUAAAGAAAAUAAAGAAAGUUUGGAAAAGUAGAUCAAAAUAAAAGUGCCAUUAAUUUCAGAGUAAAAAAAGAAAAUGGAUAAUAAAGAUCACCUACAUUGUUCAGACAAAAUUCAAUCCAUCAAAAUGUUUAUUUGGGAAAAAAGAAAAACAUUAAAGUUGAAGUUCCUAGUCCAAGACCAAAUAAAACACAUUAUUGGGCAAAAGAAUUAUUUUAAAAAUUGUAUAUAUAAUAACACUUAUUAUGAGAGAAAAUGAUUAAGUUAGAGGAAUUAUAGCUAAAUAAAGUAAAAAUGAAUAAUAAGUUUGGAAUAUGUAUCAUAAAAAGAAUUAUGAAAAGUAAUAAUAUAAAUUCAAUUUUUAUAGAAAAUUAUUUGAUUUAGAACUAAGACCAUAAACUGAAAUUGCUAUUAAAUAAUUUUAGAAAAGUAUUUUGGAGAAAAUAUAAUGA